UGUGUGAGAAGCGGACAGAGAGAAGCGCGGCGGCGGUGGAGGGAGGGGAAGCUACCGUCACCACCGCUCUAUACAGCCGAAUAUCAUCUAUAGGAUUACCCAAAACAGAUGGAAACCAUUUUAUUUCCGUACUAAAUGAUAAGCGCCUUUGUCUCUGAGGGGAGCAGCCGGUGUUUGAUGGCAUUUGGGAAGUCUUCGCGGCUCUCUCCGGUUGGAAGAGGAGACGGUAUGCCGCGAGUUAGCUAAUGUUAGCUCGCUAAACAAGUGGGCUGACAUGGACAUCUGACAGGCUGUCAAAGAUAUCUUCAUGGAUCAUGGAGGACAAGAAAGAGAAACUGCUGAAUUUGUGAGCAUAGCCAAUCACUAGAGAUUCUGACCCAUAAGCAUAUCAUUGAAGUGACUUCAGUGCAUGUGGCCCUCUCAGUUGUUCACAGACAUCUGCUGUGCAGCCCAAAGGCCUAUGGAUAUGCACUAUAUACCAAGAGACAUGAGCUGCGGGGACGCAGGGAAUAGCAGGUUUCUUUUGUGCAGAACUAUCCCUGUUGUAAUAUGGCUUCUGGCAACCCUGGCUCAGGGUGCCAUGCCAGAUCAGCAAGAAACACUGGUGGACAUGAUAUCUGUGGAACUAGAGGCCUCUAUGCAGUCCUCUGUGAUGUCUGAGCUCCAGGCUGCUGCAACGUCAGUUGGUGAGGGGCCACCUACAUCUAUCCCAGAUUCUCCUGUGAGGAAUGGUGGAGUUCACACAAACAUCCCAGAUUCAUCUGCAAUUGUAGGGCAGGUGUUCCAAUUAAAGGUUCCCCCUGGACCUGACCAUGCAAGCUGCAAUUUCCAGAUCACUGAGAUGGGAAAAGAGACCUUACCCUCCUGGCUACACUGGCAUAAAGAGAGCUGCACUCUGAGAGGAUUGGCUCUAGAGCACGAUAAAGGUGUAUAUCAUAUCUUGGUGUCAGGAGAACAGAUAACUGAAGGAACAAGUAGCCAAGUGUAUCCCAGUACAGUCUUCACCAUUGAAGUCUACCCAGAAGAGCGGGCUGACACUGAGCCGGCUCUGCUCACUCUCCAGUCUGAUAUCAGUGGCCUGCAGCCUUUUACCUGUGGCUCAGAGGAGCCUGUCACAGUUCUUACUGUCAUUCUGGAUGCUGAUUUGACAAAGAUGGUUGCUGAACAGAGGGUCAGCUUAUUAGGACUUAUGAGAAAGUUCUCACAUGUCCCUCUGGAGCACAUGAGGGUGGUCCCUGUUGUAAACAAUCGCCUGUUUGACAUGUCUGCCUUCAUGGCUGGACCAGGAAAUGCAAAGAAAGUGGUGGAGAAUGGAGCCCUGCUUUCAUGGAAAGUGGGCUGUGCUCUUGAUCAGACCAAUAUCCCCGACAUUAGCAGUGUGCAGUCAUCGGCAAAAGAUGGGACGAUGUCAGCCAGGUUGGGUUACCCAGUGGUUGGUUGGCAUAUUGUCAACAAAAAGCCCCAUCUAGUGAAAAGGAUCAGAAGGCAGUUGUAUAACACUCCAACUCCAGUGCCAUCACUGCUUCCUCCAACUAUCAACCAAGAGCCUCUUUCUCGUGUUGUUCCUACCCCAACUUCCCCUUCUAUUGCACCAGCAACAGACAACUCUGCGCCCCCUGUCCGGGGGCCUUUGCCCUUACCAGUGAAGCCCACAUUGAGGGUCAGAGAUCAGAUAGCUCAUACACCCAUCUUUGGACCUCCUCAACCAACCAGAGUAUUGGGAACUACGAGUACUAUUCCCAUCAUGCCUACCAUGACUCGACCUACAAUUUUGGGACCCACUGCUUCACCGACGCCACCAGGCACCACCAAAAGACCAAAAACCACAAAGAAACCCAAGAAACCCAAAACUUCCACCCCUGCUCCGAGGGAACCAAAGUCCACUACUCCUAAACCACCUAGACGCACAACCCCUCUUUCUUUGGCCCCAGACUUGAAUAAAACUCCAGAAAUCCGCAACCCCAUCGAUCAGGUCACAGCAUGGGUUGGCACAUACUUUGAGGUUAAAAUUGCCUCUGAUGCAUUUUAUGACCAAGAGGAUGGUACCACUGACAAGUUACGUUUGACUCUGAAGCAGAGCCCCAAGGAAGCUGUGAAUGAAACUUCAUGGAUUCAGUUCAACAGCAGUAUUCAGCUUUUGUACGGCCUUCCAGAUGAGGAACAUGCAGGGAAUUAUGUAUACUUCAUGUUGGCCACAGAUAAGGGUGGAAAAAGCAUUAUGGAUGCAUUUGAGGUGCGAGUCAACCGCUGGGCUACUAAUGAUAAACCAUCAGUUGUGUUUACUGCUCGUUUUCAUGGUGAUCCCAAAAUGUUGAGGGAAAAUGUCCACAAUAAGAUUCUUUUGACUAAGAAACUGGCUGAUGCCCUUGGUGACCGAAACACCAGCAGGGUGACCCUGAGGAGCAUCACUAAAGGAUCCAUUGUGGUUGAAUGGACCAACAACAGCCUUCAGCAAAAUCCCUGUCCAAAAGAACAGAUCAUAGCACUCAGCAAAAGAAUCUCAGAUCACCAAGGCACACCCACGCCAGCCUUCAUUAAGGCAAUGGAGCCUGAAUUUAAACCCAUAAACAUAUCGGUUCGUGGAACCAAUAAAUGCCAAGCCUACACAUUCAUUCCACCUGGAGAGGUGCCAAUGCCUGCCCUUCCGACAGCCACGCCAUCCCCUGGGACAAGUCAAGGAAGAAGAGAUGAUGUUUACCUGCACACAGUCAUCCCUGCUGUUGUGGUUGCAGCCUUGUUGCUUAUAGCUGGGAUUAUUGCAAUGGUCUGCUACCGUAAGAAACGCAAAGGUAAAAUGACAAUAGAGGAGCAAGCCACCUUCAUAAAGAAGGGAGUUCCUAUAAUAUUUGCUGAUGAAUUGGAUGAUUCCAAGUCUCCGCCAUCCUCUAGCAUUCCUCUUAUCCUGCAAGAAGAAAAGCCCCCCCUUCCUCCCCCUGAGUACCCAAACAUGGCUGGCCCCCACAGUACCCUACUCAACCAGGAUCUGUUGGAGGAGUAUUCAGUUUAUCAGGAUGACGAUCCCAAUGCUCCACCUUAUCAACCUCCGCCCCCUUUUACCGUUCCCAUUGAAGGAAAAGGUUCACGCCCCAAGAACAUGACAUCCUACAGGUCACCACCCCCCUAUGUACCUCCCUAACGCACAGCUGAGCUUUCCGUUUCAAAAGCUGGUCCACUUUAGGGAUGCUUCUCAGACACUGCAACAGGAGUACUUUAACUUGUGUUCAAUGCACUGGCUUUGACUUUAUAGAAGAGCAAGCAACAGCAUAUAUCUGACCAUCAUGAAUAAAACAUUUUGCUACUGUCACUGGAAGAAUAGAAGAACAGUUUGUCAUUUCUUUUCCUGUACUUCAGAUCUGCUUUUGACUUAUUGCAUCUUAUUUUUUUUUUUUUUUUUUUUUUUCCCAAGAAGAGUUGGUUUUAUCUUCAAUGAUCUUCUAUUUCUAUUGUAUAGAAAAAUAAUAAAGCAGCAGGAAAGACUGAGGUCCCUUGGGGCUUUUGUGGAGAUGUCACCAUGACAGCAGACUCAAGGCUUUCUCUCUCCCGAUGUUAAUCUUUAUGAGUUCUAAAUCAUUCUUAUCUGCCCUUCAGCUAGGUUUAGUAAGACUUUGCACUUGUUAUUUCUUGAGGGGAUGAAAAGUAAAAUGGCAAAUUGAACGCAUGAUGCAUUUUUUUUUUUAAUCCAUUUAAAUUAAUUUGUUUGUCAAAUAUCGAUCUUCCCUGUUUUAUUUUGUUGCUCCCUCUGGAUAAUAACAUGCAACCAGUGCACUUAUGCAAAUUCUUGUUAAACCUUGCAUUGCGUCUUGAGCAGAACUGAAAGAAGGUGCAAGAAGUUUGGAUCCUUUAACUUGCCAUAUGUCAGAGUUUCCUCUGGCACUUGACCACAAAGGUCAUAACUUUGAUCAUGCCUGUUGUAGAUGUAGCUUAGAUCUGAUUUAUUUUUCCUCUGUUUAAUGUGUUCCACUAAAGCUGCCCGGGAGAUGACUAGGUUUGCCGUUGCCAAGGUGAUGUCUGUGGUCACAGUGCACUUUUUAUGGGGUUGCUAAAACAAUAACAAAGGGGCCAUUGGAAUGCUGUUAUUCACAGCAGGCAGAAAAUCUGUCAGUGAAGUGGAUCCAUUGUCUUUCAUUUUUUAUUUUUUUAUAGCUGUGAUGGGUGGGUGGGUAGGCAUGGAGUACUGUAAUACCACAGCUCUGCCUCCAGGGGGUGCACUACAAGUUCAGUGCCUGUUGUCGGUUCAGAUGAGGCACUGGGUAAAAGGGGAUGUACAUAUUUGUGUGCCUGUGAAACAGAACAACUCCAUAAUGUUGAUGUUUUAUCAGUAAACCUAGCUGGGAACUGAUGGGGCCCCUAGUGGGGAAUGUUGUUUUUCAAUUGUAUGUCUAGAUUUUUGAUCACAGUCAUUUGAAGAAAAAAAGCAACAAAAAAACUUUAUAGUUUGAGGGUAGAAAAGAUUGUUUACAUGCCCGUCACAUGGAAAAUGAAAAAAAAAAAUAAAAAAAUGAAGCAUUAUCUUAACAUGAGGGGGAACAAAGAUACCAUGACAUUAUGUGAAUUAUGUACAUUUCAUAUCAUUAGAAAAAUAGAUAAAAAAAUCUAAUGUUUUUACUGAGUUUUUGAUAC